AUAAAACCGCAGCGCUUGUGGAGGAGCGGGCGGGUACCGAAUAGCUGAGGCGGCCUGGCGCUGGAUCCCCCAUCGACUUGCGGAAGGUUGUCUGUAUGGUUCGGCUGUCACCGGGAACACACACUCACUGAAAGCAGAGCUCUGUGUCCAGUCGCGGACUCUUUUCUUCAGAUUCCCCCUAGGGUCCUGCAUGUCUAAUAUUUAGACAUGUUCAGCUUUGUGGAUUCCAGGACGCUUCUGCUACUCGCAGCAACGCAAGUCCUUUUAUUAGCCUUUGUCAAAUGCCAGGAAGAGGAUGACCAGCUGGCAGGCGGCUGCGUGCAGGAUGGCCAGCGCUAUAGUGAUAAGGACGUGUGGAAGCCGCAGCCGUGUCAGAUCUGCGUGUGCGACAGCGGGACCGUCCUGUGCGACGAGGUCAUCUGCGAGGAGCAGAGAGACUGCCCCAACCCCGAGAUCCCAUUCGGAGAGUGCUGCCCCGUCUGCCCCCCCCAGCAGACCCCCCCCUCGGGACCACUUGGUGCUAAGGGACAGAAAGGAGAGCCAGGAGACAUCACAGACGUCGUAGGACCACGUGGACCAGCAGGCCCCAUGGGCCCCCCAGGAGAGCAGGGCAUUCGCGGAGACAGAGGUGCAAAGGGGGAGAAGGGAAGUCCUGGCCCCCGAGGAAGAGAUGGAGAGCCCGGUACCCCUGGAAACCCCGGACCCCCCGGACCCCCAGGACCCAACGGACCGCCAGGACUUGGAGGAAACUUUGCUGCACAGAUGGCGGGUGGAAUCGACGAGAAGGCUGGAGGCGCACAGAUGGGGGUGAUGCAGGGACCGAUGGGCCCUAUGGGUCCCCGUGGUCCACCUGGCCCCAGCGGAGCACCUGGUCCACAAGGUUUCCAAGGCAACCCCGGGGAGACCGGAGAACCUGGCGCAGCUGGCCCCAUCGGCCCCCGCGGCCCCCCCGGACCCUCUGGAAAAGCCGGAGAUGAUGGUGAAGCUGGAAAGCCAGGUAAAAGCGGAGAGCGAGGACCACCUGGGCCUCAGGGCGCGCGCGGUUUCCCCGGGACACCCGGACUUCCUGGGAUCAAGGGACACAGGGGCUACCCAGGUGUGGAUGGAUCGAAGGGAGAGUCUGGAGCUGCAGGAGCUAAGGGCGAGGCAGGUGCUCCCGGUGAGAACGGCGCCCCCGGACCAAUGGGUCCACGAGGUCUGCCUGGUGAGAGAGGUCGUCCUGGAGCCUCAGGAGCCGCUGGUGCUCGUGGAAAUGAUGGUUUGGCUGGCCCUGCUGGUCCUCCCGGACCUGUUGGACCUGCUGGGGCUCCUGGUUUCCCAGGUUCUCCAGGUGCUAAGGGUGAGGCAGGUCCCACAGGAGCUCGUGGGCCUGAAGGUGCACAAGGACCCCGAGGAGAGUCUGGAACCCCUGGAUCCCCAGGCCCGGCCGGUGCUGGGGGUAACCCUGGUACUGACGGCAUUCCUGGAUCCAAAGGAUCUGCGGGCGGUCCUGGUAUUGCAGGUGCUCCUGGUUUCCCCGGUCCCCGGGGCCCCCCCGGACCUCAGGGAGCCACAGGCCCUCUGGGGCCCAAAGGACAGCAGGGCGACCCCGGUAUCCCAGGGUUCAAAGGUGAAGCUGGACCCAAAGGAGAGCUUGGCCCUGCAGGUCCCCUGGGAGCCCCAGGGCCAGCGGGAGAGGAGGGGAAGCGAGGAGCCAGAGGAGAGCCUGGCGCUGCCGGGCCGAACGGACCUCCCGGCGAGAGGGGCGCUCCCGGUAACCGUGGUUUCCCAGGUCAGGAUGGGCUGGCUGGUCCUAAGGGUGCCCCUGGUGAGCGAGGGGUUGCAGGUGUUGGAGGACCCAAGGGAGCCAACGGAGACCCAGGUCGUACUGGGGAGCCAGGCCUGCCAGGUGCUAGGGGUCUUACUGGUCGCCCUGGUGACGCUGGUCCUCAAGGCAAAGUUGGUCCUACUGGCGCUGCUGGUGAAGACGGCCGCCCCGGACCACCUGGUCCCCAGGGAGCCCGCGGGCAGCCUGGAGUCAUGGGAUUCCCAGGACCUAAGGGAGCCAACGGAGAGGCUGGGAAAGCUGGAGAGAAGGGACUUGUGGGAGCACCAGGCCUGAGGGGUCUGUCAGGUAAAGAUGGAGAAACUGGAGCGGGCGGACCUCCUGGGCCAGCUGGACCUGCAGGAGAGAGAGGGGAACAGGGCCAGCCUGGUCCCUCUGGAUUCCAGGGUCUACCUGGACCUCCAGGCCCCCCAGGUGAAGGAGGAAAGCCUGGUGACCAGGGUGUCCCAGGAGAGGGUGGUGCCGCUGGUGCUGUUGGACCCAGAGGCGAGCGAGGUUUCCCCGGAGAGAGAGGUGGCGCUGGACCCCAAGGCCUUCAGGGACCACGUGGUCUCCCUGGGACUCCAGGGACCGACGGACCCAAGGGUGCCAUCGGGCCAGGUGGUAGCCCAGGGGCGCAGGGGCCCCCCGGUCUGCAGGGCAUGCCCGGGGAGAGGGGCGCCUCCGGAAUCUCAGGACCCAAGGGCGACAGAGGCGACAACGGCGAGAAAGGACCUGAGGGAGCGCCUGGGAAGGACGGUUCAAGAGGUUUGACAGGUCCCAUUGGCCCUCCGGGUCCAGCUGGUCCUAAUGGACUGAAGGGUGAAUCUGGACCUUCAGGCCCAACUGGUGCUGCUGGUGCACGUGGAGCUCCUGGCGACCGCGGUGAGACCGGACCCCCCGGGCCUGCUGGGUUCGCUGGACCCCCUGGUGCUGACGGGCAGCCGGGAGCCAAGGGCGAGCUCGGAGAGGGAGGACAGAAAGGAGACGCUGGAGCACCUGGCCCCCAGGGGCCCUCCGGAGCCCCCGGUCCACAGGGCCCCACCGGCGUCAUCGGACCCAAAGGCGCACGCGGUGCUCAAGGCGCUCCCGGUGCCACUGGUUUCCCAGGUGCUGCUGGCAGAGUCGGACCUCCCGGCCCCAACGGUAACCCCGGUGCUGCAGGCCCUGCUGGUCCUGCGGGGAAGGAUGGGCCUAAAGGAGUGCGUGGAGACGGCGGUCCUCCUGGUCGCCAGGGAGACGCUGGACUGCGUGGGGCUGCCGGAGCCCCAGGAGAGAAGGGAGAGCCAGGCGAGGAUGGACCCUCAGGUCCAGACGGCCCCUCAGGACCUCAGGGUUUGGCCGGAUCUCGCGGUAUUGUGGGCCUGCCGGGACAGCGUGGAGAGAGGGGGUUCCCUGGCCUUCCGGGACCUUCUGGUGAACCAGGCAAACAGGGAGGUCCAGGUGGGGCGGGCGACCGAGGACCCCCUGGGCCUGUGGGGCCCCCUGGCCUGACUGGACCAUCAGGGGAACCUGGCAGAGAGGGCACCCCUGGAUCCGAUGGACCUCCUGGCAGAGAUGGAGCUACUGGGAUCAAGGGCGACCGUGGUAACACAGGACCUGCUGGGGCUCCAGGAGCUCCGGGGGCCCCUGGGGGCCCGGGACCCGUAGGCCCCACCGGCAAACAGGGAGACAGAGGAGAGUCUGGCGCUCAAGGACCCUCAGGGCCUCCAGGUCCCGCUGGAGCCAGAGGCAUGGCUGGACCUCAAGGGCCACGUGGAGACAAGGGUGAGGCGGGCGAGACAGGCGAGCGAGGGCAGAAGGGUCAUCGGGGUUUCACUGGCCUGCAGGGUCUGCCAGGACCUCCCGGUUCCCCUGGUGACCAGGGUGCUGCUGGACCUGCCGGCCCCAGUGGAGCAAAGGGGCCCCCUGGGCCAGUGGGCCCCGGUGGGAAGGACGGUGCGAACGGCAUUCCUGGACCCCUUGGACCUCCCGGGCCUCGCGGUCGCUCUGGAGAAACUGGACCUUCUGGUCCUCCUGGUAACCCCGGCCCCCCUGGACCGCCUGGCCCCCCAGGCCCCGGGAUCGACAUGUCGGCCUUCGCUGGCCUGUCCCAGCCGGAGAAGUCCCCGGACCCCCUGCGCUACAUGAGGGCCGACCAGGCUUCCGGAAACCUCCGCCAGCACGACGCCGAGGUGGACGCCACCCUCAAGUCCCUCAACAGCCAGAUCGAGAACAUCCGCAGCCCCGAGGGCUCCAAGAAGAACCCCGCCCGCACCUGCAGGGACCUCAAACUCUGCCAUCCCGAGUGGAAGAGCGGUGAAUACUGGAUCGAUCCGAACCAGGGCUGCACAGUUGAUGCCAUCAAGGUCUUCUGCAACAUGGAGACUGGAGAGACCUGCGUGCACCCCAGGCCCGCUAGCAUCCCGCGCAAGAACUGGUGGUCCAGCAAGGGCAAGGAGCGCAAGCACAUCUAUUUCGGGGAGACUAUGAACGGAGGCUACAGCUUCAGCUACGGCGAUGACAGCAUGGCUCCCAACACGGCCAGUAUUCAGAUGACCUUCCUCCGCCUGCUGUCCACGGAGGGCUCCCAGAGCCUCACCUACCACUGCCGCAACAGCGUGGCCUACAUGGACCAGGCCAGCGGCAACCUGAAGAAGGCCCUGCUGCUGCAGGGCUCCAACGACGUGGAGCUGCGCGCCGAGGGCAGCAGCCGCUUCACCUACAGCGUGCUGGAGGACGGCUGCACGAAGCACACGGGCCAGUGGGGAAAGACGGUGAUCGAGUACAAAACGCAGAAGACGUCCCGCCUCCCCAUCGUGGACAUUGCACCUCUGGACAUCGGAGGGGCGGACCAGGAGUUCGGCGUGGACAUCGGCCCCGUCUGCUUCUUGUAAAGAGGAACAAUGUGACAGAAGAACGAAGAAGUGAAGGAAAAAUAACUCAGUUCUGAAAACAAACGAAUCUCACACACCAGAAAAAAGGAAGAUAAAAGAGAAAAAGAAAAUCAAAGUUCUUGUAAGUAAGAAAAAAAAAUGAAGAAACAAGAGAAGUAAUUUUUACACUCCAGAGAUAUCCUUCCUCAGGAUGGCAUCAGCUGUGACCGUGUGCGAUUCUCCAUACAAACCACGCCCACCCCUUCAUUUCCCAGCCCACUUAGCCACACCCACCACCUGAAGCUCCUCCCCCUCCUCCACCCACACACACCGUGUAGGCCCAGCUGUGAAUGGAGAGGAACGAUGUCCAGGAUCGUAAAGGAACAGGCCAGUUUGAAACAAUUCAGACAGGAAAAACAUGACUUAGUGUCUCUUAUUUAUUGUCAAACAAUUAGGGUUGAAAGUGUGAUUAAGUGCCUGGGUGUGUAAGAACAAGAGGCUCCGCCCCCUUCCCCUCUUUCUCUCCCCCCUCCCCCCCUCCCCCCUCCCAAAGUACAGUGUGAGACCAAAAUUAGAUCAUAUUUUAUUAAGUGCAGGUAUUCCCACUUCUACCACCAUAGUGUCUAUUCAGAUAAUUACUGUGUAUUAUAGUGAUGUCCAUGGUGCUACUUUUGUAAAACAGGUUUUUUUUUAACCAGAUAUUGAAAAUGUGUACUUUUUGGAAGGGCUGUUUCAAUCUGGGAUUUUUUCAGUGUUCCAAAAAAAGUUUUUUUUGUCAUUUUAUUUUUUCCCUUCAAUGCCCUUAACUGGUUAUUUGUGUUAACCGUGUAAAGAGACUUCCUAAAUUUUUCAUUAAAUCUGAUGAAUUCAUUUUGCUUUGUAAUUAUAAGACUGUUGUUGUUUUUUAAAGCUACCUCGUGCUGGUAAAAACAGACAUACAGAAAUCCGAAAGUUGAACCUGAACCUUGUAUAAAAAAAUUAAAAAUUCUAAGUAAAAAAAAAAAAA